GAAAAGAAAAAUUCCCAUCAAACACCAGACGUGAUUUAGACGUUGUUGUUUUUUUAGGCUUAAUCUGGUCUGUCCGUCUUGAUUUAGUCAAAACAUUUCUGUUGAAAAUUGUUUGGUCUGAUUUUGUCCCACUUUUUUCCAAUAAUAGACAUUGAAAAAACGUUGCAGAACCAGUUUACAGUCCUUUCAACGAUCUGAAAAUUAUGGAUUUUCAUCUUUCACUUACUCAUGUCGUCUUUACAAUGUAUUUUCAACCAUUUUUUGCUUGUCUCUUUAGGAAUGAAUGAUGGGCAUUGAGUGUAUGAGUUGCAUGCCUCGUUGCGGUGGUGAGCGAUGCGACGCGGCUGCAAUUCAAGGACAUUCAGCAAAUUGCAUUAAGCUGCAAACCGAUGAAGAAUGGAGGAUCGUUGAGUAAUUUCCAGACGGGGCCGAACUCUCUCAAACACGGGGUUCUUGUUUGCCCUGAACGGAAGAAACCGCCAUCAUGUCAGCACUGCAGAAACAAGCAACGAGAGGCCAAGUUUUGCCAAAGAUCCCUGUGCCCCCACUCAAACAAACCCUUGACACCUACCUGAAAUGUGUCCAACAUCUUGUGAAAGAAGAGCAGUUUAAGAAGACUAAGACCAUCGUAGAAAAGUUUGGGGCUCAGGGAGGGGUCGGAGAGAUUCUUCAGAAUAAACUUUUGGAGCGGAGGGACAAGACAUCCAACUGGGUCUAUGAUUACUGGCUGGAGGACAUGUACUUGAACAACAGGUUGGCCUUGCCUGUUAACUCCAGUCCUGCCAUGGUGUUCCAGACACAAAAUUUCAGAGACCACAAAGAUGCUCUCAGAUUUGCUGCUCGUCUCAUCCUUGGAGUUUUAGAGUAUAAGGCUCUCAUUGAUGCGAGAACGCUACCUUUGGAUUUUGCUCGAGGCCAGUUAGCAGGGACUCCUCUGUGCAUGGAGCAGUACUACCGCCUCUUCACAUCCUACCGCUAUCCAGGGCUGAAGACAGACACGCUGAAGGUUGACAUUAAUGCAGCCUCUUCAGCGCCAGAACACAUGAUCAUUGCAUGCAAAAACCAGUUUUUUGUGUUGGAUGUAGUGGCAAACAACAAACAGCUCAAUGAGACAGAGAUCUUAUCCCAGCUGGAGAAGAUCAUGAAAAUGUCAGAAAAUGCUGAAGAGAGGCAUCCUCCUUUUGGGAUCCUGACCUCAGACGGGAGGACCGAAUGGGCACAAGCUAGAGAAGAACUAAUAAAAGAUCAAACUAACCGGGACUCUCUGGCUCUGAUUGAGAGUUCUAUAUGUGUGGUGUGUCUGGAUGAGCCCUGUGACCUUCCACCCAGCGACACCAACAGGGCUCUAAUGAUGCUACAUGGUGGUGGCCGGGAGCGAAACGGUGCAAACCGAUGGUAUGACAAAUCAAUGCAGUUUGUUAUAGGCAUGGAUGGGGUCUGUGGGGUGGUGUGCGAGCAUUCUCCAUUUGAGGGAAUAGUCAUGGUGGAAUGCUCAGAGUUUCUUAUGAAACACAUAACAGGGAGUCCCUCCAGGAUGGUUCAGCAGUCCAGCGCUAAAGCUCUCCCCCCUCCAAGAAGGCUGCUCUGGAAAUGUAGCUCCAACAUUCAAGCUUUCCUAAGAGCAUCCGGAGAAAGACUCCAGAGGCUGGUGAACAAUCUUGACAUGGAUGUGUUCACAUUUGAAGCAUAUGGAAAAGACUUCAUCAAAAAACAAAAGAUGAGCCCAGAUGCGUUUAUACAAGUCGCACUACAGCUUGCAUUUUACAAAUGCAAAGGAAGGCUGGUGUCCACUUAUGAGAGUGCUUCACUUCGUCGUUUUCAAGGAGGUCGUGUAGAUAAUAUUCGCUCAGCCUUACCUGAGGCCCUGGCCUUUGUGAAGUCAAUGGCUGACGAGAGAGCAGGUUUCACAGACUCCGAAAAAAUUAAACGACUGAAAGAGGCAGUUAAGGCCCAAACAGACUACACAAUCGCAGCAAUUACAGGCAUGGGGAUAGACAAUCACCUGCUAGGGCUUCUCAAGGUGUCAAAGGAGCUGAACAUGGAGAAACCCGAAAUCUUUUGUGAUGAGACAUAUGUGAAGAGUAAUCAUUUCAUUCUCUCUACUAGUCAGGUCCCUACAACAGUGAAAAUGUUUUGCUGCUAUGGCCCAGUAGUACCCAAUGGCUAUGGUGCCUGCUACAACCCACAGCCGAACCACAUUGUCUUCAGUGUGUCAAGUUUCUGGGAAAACACUGAGACAAGCUCUGCCGUUUUUGUCAAGGCUCUGAACGAAGGCUUGUUGGAAAUCAGGGACCUGUGCAAUAGAAGUGCUGCCGCCGCUACUAAAACAUCUGAAAGCAGUCAGACAGCAGCAGCCAAGCCAUAUAAAUCAGGAAAGUAAGCCUUACUGGUAGUUCACCCCUAAUCAUCUCCACUCUUAAAGUUAGACUCGGUAGCUUGGGAAAAUAUUAUUGCCUUAAAAAAGAAUAUAUUACUAGAAAAAUAUGUAUAUACAUCUAUUUAAAAAAACAACUGUAAUAGAGAAGAAGAAUGAAGACGUAUAUCUCCUUUUUGGAUCUGUGAGAAUGAUGCGGGGUCCAAAACAGACUCUGGUGGACCUAGAAUACUCGGUCUGCUACACUUAAGGAAAAUGAAGCCAUGUUUGUUUGUAGAACCGAUCUGAUGAUUCAG